AUGUCGCGUCGGAGCUACGACUCGAACGUAUACACCCACGAGCGCAGGAUAUCCAAGCAUCGCGUCUCGGACGAGGAUUUGUUCAACUAUGUCCUUCGCGUAGCGCUCCUAGCAUACCUGAUCCAACCGCGCGCGCUACCGGCUACCACGCAUGAGAGCGAUCAGCCGAGGGAACAGGGCCACUCGUCCCGCAUCUCCGGCGCGCUCUCCUCCUCGAUCGUCUCCAUAGGCGAUUUGUUCAGCACGCGCGAUGGGCCCAAGAGCGUCAAGUUCCCCAAGGAGCUCAUCAAAGUCCUCGAGCAGCGACUCGAGAAUAUCGCCAUGGGCCGCGACUCGUCAUAUUCCGACCAGCUGCUAAGACGCACGAUGGCCGUAUUCUACGGCCAAUUCAAAGUCGAGUCCUUCAAGCGCCAGAUGAAAGAGAACCGGAAGAUCGAAGAGCUCAUCCUCCUCUUCGCCACCCACGCGACGGGCAUCCUGCGCAAGGACCCGGCGCUCGCGGGCGACGCGUGGAAGCCCGAGCUCAACUCGCAUAUAGCGCAGUUCGUGCGCCUGCUGAGGGAGGCGCUCAGGGGCCUGUCGCACGUGUCGACCGAGCUGACGGCGCGGCUGGAUAUGUACGCUGCGAAGCUCGCGCCGCCGGCGGGCGGGCAGAGCGAUUCGGGGUACGAGAGCAGCAGCACCACGGGCAGGGAUAGGGAUUCUAUUUCGAGCGUGGGCACGCCGGGGCUGAGUAUGAACGUCAACGAUAUGAGUCUCGUGCUCGUCGUCGCCAAGCUCUUUGGCAUCCGGACGGACUUGCUCCAGCGCGAGAUCGAGAAGAUAAAGUCUUUCUGCACAGAACGCGCCGCUCUACUCGAUCUCAAGACAUGCCUGAAGAACAUCGUCGCCGGCGAGCCCUUCCCCGGCUGCCGCGACGACUUUGAGUCCGAAGAAGCGUGGAACCACUGGAAGACGCUCGAGACGGCGCACCUCUCCCAGCUCAUGGUCGUCCUCGUCCAAUUCAACCCGCAACUCGCCAAAUCCGCGCCCUCCGAGUCCACAAUCUCAGCCAUCUCCCCGCGCCCCGCCGCACGGCGCCCCAACUCGAUCUACAGCGCCACCGGCCGCAACGGCUCGAUCUCGUCUCGCAAGAGCCUGGCUAUGAGUAUACACGGGAUCAGCGGGCUGGGGCGGCUGGCGGAGAGCGUGAGCGAGGCGGAGGCGGAGGGGUACGUGGAUGUGGGCGAGGAGGUGCAGGAGAACGACGACGAGGUCGAGGCGGGCGCGCAGUUCACGUAUAUACCGCAUAAUCCGAGGAAGUAUUAUAGGCGGCUGCUGGAGUGCUGUCUCGAGGCGGAUCUGGCGGCGCUCAGGGAUCCCACGGUGCCGGACGACGAUCAGGUAUCAUUGGGCAUUCUGUCGGCGAACCAUAUCGAGCUUGUCAAUGAGGUCGCGCUGAGAUGGCGGAUCGGGGGACCGUAUCGCGCCGCGUGCUUCCUCGAGAUCAUCAAGCAGCUGUACGAGCGGAACGAGGUGCCCUUGGAAUGCAUACCCGAAGCGCUGUCCAACGUCGAGAAGGUGAUCGGCGAGGUGCCCGUGGACAAGUGGCCUCAAGCUGACGCGGAAUACCUCAUCACAGUCUACGGCUCGCUCGUCUCCAUCUUCCUCGCCUCCGUCUACCACGCAAUGGACAACAUGCCCACGCUCAAACCCGACGACAUAUUCCCCUACAUCGAGAUCCUCGCCCAGAUGCAAUCCACCGGCCUCCUCGAGCGCUUCCAGGUCGACAUGGACGCGCGCGUGCAGGACAUCAACGCCCGCGUGCGCACGGUCACCGAGAACUGGUACGCCACAAAGUCGAUCGAGCUCCAGGGGCGCAAAGACGCGGGCGUGAACCGCGCGCUGCCGUUGCUGUGGACCACGGACGAGGUGGAGAAGACGGCGAAGGCGCUCGAUAAGCGGUUUCCGGACCCGCUGUUCGACGAGAGGUUGGAUCUGUGCGGGCUGUUUGUGGAGGUCGCUGUGCCGUGUUUUCUGGCGGAGCUGGAGGGGGGCCGCAAGAGGCUGUUCGAGAGCGCGAUGAAUGGGCCGACGCCGGAUGUGCCGAUUCAGGAUGUUUUUGCGCUGUAUAGGAGGACGAGGACGUUGUUGGAGAUGUUUGAGGGGCUGGUCAGGAAACCGCUCGAGUUUGAUGUGGGGUUGUUCUUCGAGCCGUAUGUCAGGCAAUGGCUCGUCGAGACGGAUAACAAGACGGGUCAGUGGGUGCAAGCUGCCAUCGCGCAGGACAAGUUCGAGGCAGAGGGCACCGAGGGCCACAGCAGCUCGAUCGUCGACCUCUUCGACUCCCUACGAAGCCCGAUCAACUUCCUCCAAGACCUAGAAUGGAACGACGCCUACCAAGACGCGCGCUUCUUCACCAGCCUAGCCAAGACCAUCAGCAAAGCCGUCGAGCAGUACUGCCGCUCCGUCGAGGACCUCUUCAUGGCCGAGAUGUUCCCGCGACCAACCGACUACCUCCAGCCGCAGAAAUCUUCCGCGUGGCUCGAACGCGCCAAGCAGCUCGCCCAAGGCGAGAAGAAGAUCGAGCCGUUCAACUUUGCGCCUGGAUCCUGCGUCAAGCUCAACAACAUCGAGGCCGCGCGGCGGUUAUUGGAUAACAUGUACAACCAGAUGGAGACGGACAAGUUGACGGAUAUCAUCGAGACGCAGGCGCCGCCCGUGCCGAGCAAGGAGGAGCGGCAGCGGUUCUUGUUCACGGUCAAGGUUGUGCUGGCGGAGGGCUUGGUGCCGACGGACGGGAGCGUCAGCGCGCUGCUCGACACGUUCGUCACGCUCUCCGACGAGCAGGGCAACCGGUGGGCCAAGACGCGCACGAUCUACGAGACGAACAACCCGCGCUGGGACGAGACGUUCGACCUGAGCGUCGACAAGCCGCUCUGGCUCAUGGCGUCCGUCCGCGACCGCGCGCUCAUCGGGAAGCACGACACAGUCGGGCGCGCGUACAUCUACCUCGACCCGCAGCUGUACGGCGACUACCUCGUGCACGACAAGUGGUUCAACCUCGACUCGACCGGGCGCGUGCUGUUGCGGGUGAGCAUGGAGGGCGAGAAGGACGACGCGCAGUUUUACUUUGGGCGCGCGUUCAGGAGUCUGAAGCGGGCGGAGGGCGACAUGGUGCGGAUAUUCAUCGACAAGAUGAGCCCGUUCAUCCGGCAGAAUAUCUCGCGCGCGGUGCUCAAGACGCUCAUCAAGUCCGGCACGGCGGGGCUCGCGGAGGUCAACAAGGUCAUGGGCAACGUCACCGCCUUAUACCGCUCUGCGCUGGGCGCGGACAAGAGCGAGGUCCAGAUCCCGCUGCCGUCGAGCGAGAAGCCGCGCUUCAGGCCCGAGGACCUCACGGACGUCGAGAUCGAGCAGGCGAUCGUGCCGCUGUUCGACUACUUCGACGCGAACCUGCAGACGCUCAACACGUACCUGAGCGACGCGACGAAGGAGAUGGUGAUGGUGCGGCUGUGGAAGGAGAUCCUGGCGACGAUCGAGGGGCUGCUGAUCCCGCCGCUGAACGAGAGCCAGAGCGAGAUGAAGCCGCUGAGCGAUAAGGAGGUCGAUAUCGUGUUCAAGUGGCUGAAGUUCUUGCGGGACUACUUUUAUGCGGGCGGGGAGGGCCCGGUGCCGCUGGAGGUGCUGCAGAAUCAGAAGUAUAGGGAUGUGGUGUCGAUCCGGCUGUACUAUGACUGGCAUACGGAUGCGCUGAUGGAGGAGUGCGUGCGCAUGAUGCAGCAGACGCUCCGCGCCGCGCCGACGAUCAAGAAGCGCGCGAAGAGCGUGUAUCAGCAACGCAACCUGGGUACGAUCAAAGAUCGCAAGCGGGAGAAGAAGCAGGAGAAGGAGGUCAACAACGGCGAGACUAUCCUGCGGAUCCUCCGCAUGCGGAACGGGACUUCGGACUUCAUCGCGCAACAGCUGCAGAUCCUCAGUGCAAUGCAAGCCGAGCAAGAACAGCGCGAACGCGCGAAGAACAAGAUCGGCGGAAGCCGGAAAGUCCAUCGACCGAAGCAAGCCAGCCAGAUCCCCGCCGUCCCACCAUUGCCCGAGGACCCUUCCGCAUAG